GAGGACAACAAAGUAUCUCAGCGACGUCCUUCAUCCAUCGCAGGUCUCCAAGAUGACCUCAACGUUGGAAUGGCGAAGGCGAGAUCUGGUGAACGUCCGCGGUGUUCCCAUGAUUUGCCCCUUUGCCCACAACUUGGAGCAGAUAACGGAUCAUUUCCAGGCACGGGACGGUGACAUCGUCAUAGCGACGUACCCCAAAUCAGGUACAACGUGGAUGAGCGAGGUCGUGGAUCUUGUCCUGAAUGACGGAGACAUCGAGAAGAGCCGGAGGGAUGCCAUUUUCAAGAAGGUUCCGAUGCUGGAGUUCCAGGUCCCGGGGGAGAUACCGCCAGGAAGUGAGAUAUUGGAAUCCGUCCCGUCCCCGAGAGUAAUAAAGACUCACCUUCCUGUGUCGCUCUUCCCAAAGUCCUUGUGGUACCAGAACGUCAAGAUCAUCUACGUGGCGAGGAACCCCAAAGACGUGGCCGUGUCCUUCUAUCACUUCGACAAGAUGAACCAGCUGCAUCCGGAUCCGGGGACCUGGGAGGAGUACGUCGAGCGGUUCAUGGAAGGGAACGUCGGUUUCGGCCCCUGGGGAGCUCAUGUGAGGGAUUGGUGGGACCUGAGGCAGCAGAAGGACAUCCUGUACGUGUUCUAUGAGGACAUGUUGGAGGAUCCGAGCCGCGAGAUCCGGAAAGUGGUGAAGUUUUUGGGGAAGGACUUCUCCGAGGAGGUCGUGGAUAAGAUUUGUCAGCAUACUUCCUUCAAGGCAAUGAAAGAGAAUUCCCUUACCAAUUACACAGCCUUGUCUUCCACCAUCAUGGACCAGUCCAUCUCCCCGUUCAUGAGGAAAGGAAUCUGCGGCGAUUGGAAGAACCAUUUCACAGUGGCCCAGAGCGAGAGAUUUGAUGAGUUUUACCAGAAAGAGAUGUCCGGAACGGACCUGACCUUCCGCUUCUAGAAUCAAUA